AUGAACUACUCCCAUCGCCAAAGAGAUAAAGAGGAGCGUCAGCAGAAGGGUCACGGCGACAAAACUGACCGAGAUGUCACCGAAAGCGAAGACGACGAAACAGGCAAGGUCGCAGCUCUUAGAUAUCCCCAGCACAAUAGUCCAUCCCGCCAAUACUUGGCAUGCCCCUUUGAAAAAUAUGAUCCAGCUCGCAAUCAACCAGGCACUAUUGAACAAACGGGGGUUUUAUUGCCUAGAGAAUUCGAGGAACUCAAAUCGGAGGUCAGGAGCGUUUCUGGCAAUGUCGCAAAGUGGAAUGUCAUAUGGAGCAAGUGUUUUCCAGCGACAUCACCGCCACCGCUAUAUGGCAGCAAUAUGGUUUCCCAACUAAAAGCACAGCAAAUACUUCAACAACUUCUAAGCUCGUCUGCUGCCAACCCUUGGUCAUCUUCAGAGAUUAAACAGUCCAAAAUCGAAAAGGCUUUGGGUGCAAUCUACUUUGGCUUACCGUUUACCGAAAUCGAACCUCAAAUCAACGACGCGAGCACUAUCACUACCGACAACAUUUCCACUGUUUGGAGUCAAAGCGAAAGCAAUGAUGACUCGAAUGAUGGUUCCGCCACUGUCCCUGAAUACUAUGAUGACCUAGGAGAUAUGGACCAAUGGACACGCCCUCUCAGGACUGCAAUUUAUGAUGUUGAUCACGAUACAGUCCAUGACAUCUUGAGGAACUCUUUUGAUAAAGUCGCCGUUGGCGAGUAUUCCUGGCUGUUGGAGUUGAAAGCAUUAGGCAUUUCGACGGAUGACAUUGCUGAUGAACUACUCGAAAGGGCCCAGCAUGGGCCAUGGAUAUAUUCCAAGAUCGACGUGCACGAUGUUGGAUCGUAUUUUCACGAUUUUCAUCUCCCAGGAUGUCUCCACACCAGCAAGGAGGAUGGGGCAAUGCUGGCAGUCCCGUUACCUCCUAGCCAAGGUAAGAUGAGUAUCAAGAAUGACCGUGAUAACUCAAUUCGUGAGACUAUUGCGUACUGGUGCGGUAUCGGAGGGGUGAGUCCUAUGCCCGACGGGUCGUAUAACCUCCAGUUUGGAUCUGUUGUCUUUGAAAACGCCAACACGACUGCAAUCCCCUCUCUGAUGACUAGCCAAUCAGCCCAAGCUGCUCCAUAUGUUUUACAGCAUCUGCACAAAGCCAUCGGUGCCCUUCAGGAGGUUGGCGGUUGUUGUGACUCUUUCAGCUUUCUCGCAAGACAGGAGUUCUCUGUUGAGCUGAAACGAGUCUGCCCUGACUUGGCAUCAGAGCCUGGACCUUUGGUAUCACUCACAAAUUCAGAAACUAGUAUCAAGGGUUUGAAUCCACAGCUGCGGGACUCACUGAUGGCCCAGUUCCUUUCUCUCGCCUUUUUUCUUUACGCACAAGGUCAUUGCGAGCCCUUUAGGCCUUUCUUUCUGGACACUCCAUUGAAACGUAUACUCCUGAUAGGAAACCAGAUUUGGGGUCCAUCCUUUACUGGGCCAUGUAUACUUGCGACUCCCGUGGAUUUGAGCUGCUUUGGUGAGAUGAUUCAGCGCCGAGUCUUUGCCUUUCAGUACUUUGAUAGUUUCGAAAGGUCGAGGGUGUUUUCAGAUUGUGAUAAGAAGUUCGACUUGAAGGUAUGUCCUGAAGAUUUGCUCGACACAUGGGGUCCCGGAGAUUUUAUUGUACCCAAAGAUGACACCCAGAACAUCCACGCAAUAUCGAUUGGUGGUGGCCUGAUUACCUCCGACUCGACAGAAUCAGAAAGUCACCAAUCGCCUGUUCUACAUUGGAGCCCUGUAUCAAAAAACAACACCAAAAUCACCUCAACCUUCCCUCGCCAUGAAAAAAUGAUCAUCGGCUCAAGAGUCUCGAUAAACCAAGCCUGCAGAAUGUCCCCUCAAGAACAGGUUCGGAAGUCUAUUCCAUGGUUGAAGGACCUGGGAACAUUCCCAAGCUACUGGGAAGUAUCUGAAAGGCAGCUAGGGCUUGGUUUGCAGGGCGGGCAAAGCGCUGUGGGGAUAUUGAACUUCGCCCAGACGUGGGUGAAGAGACUGGGUCAGACCAAGAAGUCCAAUAUUCUUGCCAAGAGAUUUCUUUCUAUCGCCGAUCUAGAAGGGCCUUCCGCCGUCCAGGUUAGCUUUUGUACUGGCAUAGCCCGACGGGUGCGACUACGAGAGCUCCUCGCAGAUGUCCUACCAGCCUAUGUAGAAGACCUUGCUACCAAGCCUCGUUUCUGGGAGAAUCUUCAGGGCUCUGACAUCCUGGAUGUAUUGCGACAUGAAGACUUCAGAGCACAUUAUCAAAGGCUAGACCGUGAACUACAAGCAGAGUUGGAGACGCUUGCUAUCGCCGUCCUGUUUCUAUUGCAAGACACAGGUGUAGAUAGGAAGGGCGAGAACUUUGUUGUUGGUUACAUCCCUCAAGGAGUGGCAGUUCAAUGCUUCGAAAUUCCCAUCGAGAAGCAGAGCUUCUGGGCCCGAAUACUUGCCGACUCCGAGGAAGUAGCGACUUUCGCUUAUGUGGCGACGAGGUGCUUCGAAACGGACCUAGUCAAAUGUCGAGGUCCGAGGGAGGAAUGGAGGAACACAACAUCCCUCUUCUCGACCGAGGUAUCACUUUGUCAAGAUCGCAUGCAGGGAAUGAUAGCGCAACAGCAAACACCUUGGACUCUGAAGGACUCUGAGGCGUAUCUUAUCGGGCGAGUCGACGCACCUUUACUCGUACGAGUGAUUCGACCCAACAUUCAGGACGAGCCAGAAUUGCUGGUAUCAAUGAGUACAAUUAUUGCUCCGUUUUUGAGGAGGUGGAGCAGGAAGCAAGGGUAUAAGAGGCCGUGGCUGUUACGAGAGAGCAGAGCUAUAGAUCAUCAGCAUCAGAUGGCUGAGAGUGUUGUUGUGACUGCGGACUUUCAGGGUUUGUAG